GCAUGCAACUAUACUCCACUGUCCACUUCUUAUCGGAAUUUUGGCCGGAUGAUUCAACAACAACCAACCCUUCGAAGCUCGAAAGGACGCAACAUCAGGCGUUCAAGUCCCAUCUCAUCCGCUUCUGUACAAGGAGCGAUGAUUUAGGCUGAUCUGAUCGUCCAAAACCCAGCCCUUUAAUUAAUUUAAGGGAAGCGCGCGGGCUAUCGAUGCUUGAUAAUCCGACAUCUGUUCUGGAACGUUCUCGAGUUGGGGUCGUCGUUUGGAAAGAACCCAAUUCCGAAUUGGUUGCAGAAAGCAUCAUACUGUACUGAACACAGAUAUAUGUGGCAAGUGGCAACAGAUUCAAUUCUCUCUCACCUCUUUCCGACCUCAGUCAGAAAAAACUUGUUUCUCAUGCAAGCCUUUAAUCCCCAACUCACAGCCACGUAUCCGCAUGUUUCAACGUGUCUAUCCUUCUCUUUCUUUAAAUACACAAACAAACUUGUAUCAGUCUGUCGUAUCUCUCUCUGCAAGAAAACCCAGCUUCCCCAAAACUUACCUUGUAACCCAAUCUCUGAUCUUCUGGUUCACAAAACCAUCAAUCAGUAUCAAUGGCGCAACUCCUAGCCAAUUCCCAAUAUCCGGUUAAGACCAUCAAGGGCCUUCUCCCAGAUAAAAGACCCUCAAACUCCCAAGUCCUAGCCGUGGCCACGCUGCUACCCAUUGGUGGUUUCCUACUCACCCUUGCCGGAAUAACCCUAAUCGGCACGAUCAUUGGCCUGGUGGUGGCGACACCACUCUUCGUGAUUUUCAGCCCGGUGUUGGUGCCAUCAGCUAUCACCAUCGGUAUAGCGGUGAUGGGGUUCCUCACGGCGGGUGCCUUGGGGCUGGCUGCGUUGUUGUCUGUGUCUUGGUUGCUGAAUUACUUGCGUGGGACGGGAGGGACAAUGACUGAGAACUUGGAUUAUGUGAAGCAGCGCAUGCAGGAUACAGCAGGAUACGUGGGUCAGAAGACGAAGGACGUCGGCCAUGGGAUCCAGAGCAUGGCCCAAGGAAAGAACGUAACAAAUGGAAGGUGAAAGAAAGACAAAGAGAGAGAGAGAGAGAGAGAGAGAGAAGGGUGGAGGAGGGCUUUGUUUGGACAUGGCGGGGAGGGGAGGGAAUUGACUGUUCAAGGGGGUUUUGUUUGUUUUUGGUUCAAUGGUCGUUUCAAGGGUUCAGGCUAUAUCAGUAGGUAGUUGGUUGUAUGAUAUCAGAAUUAUGUUGAAGCAUAGACCUUGUUAUUAUGAUGUUGUUUUAAUUGAAAGUGAGUGUUUUGCUGGUAGACACUGAUAGAAA